UUCGACUAUUCUUCUGCACGUAGUUCCCUCGAAUCAUGGUACCAACAAUGUACUAGCCUCUUUCCACGAAUGUUGGUUUCUGUGGCUGUGCUGGCUUUGUUGCAGUCCACUCGUCCUGCACUCUUUCCCACACUAGUGGGUGGGCAGGCAUCUACUUUGUAUCUCUUCAAACCAAGGAGGGGACCACUAUGUAGAGAAAAUGGCAAGUGGGGGCGGCGCGACCUGUACGUACCCCCUUCCAUCGCUUCGCAGUCUUUCUCUUCGCGGCCCAUCACCUUAGAGGUAGUCAGUCUCGCCAAGUCGCUUCAACGGGUCAAAGAAAGGUCUACCGGUAGUCCACGUUUCCAGUGGUGAUUGCAGCCACCGGCUGGCUGCCAAUAGACUGCCGCGAUCUCGAGUGCCCGUCUGACCAACCGACCCUGUGAUGGCGGCCUUACCAAGCGAGCUCCAGAAAUAAAGCUUUCUUACG